GUAGAUACAGAAUGAUGGAACGGAACGGAACGGAACGAUACUGGAGAACCCACUUAUGUCCAGUCGUGGUCGUGGUUUCGCGAAACUGUGUUCGCCAUCCGGUCGUCCUUAUCCACGCUCCCGUGAGAAUCUAGCAGGUUCGAUGCGUCGGCCGGACACGAAAAGGCGAGGACGUCCCCUACAUAUAGAACGGAGCAAAUCCGAUCCAGAUCCGCGAGCCGCCGGCAACGUGUCGACGUCGCCGUGUUCUUGGGGGAGGAAUAAAGAGAAGCACCCAGACGGUGUGGUGUGCAGUGUUCUUGCGUGGCAAGAAGAAGGAAGACCGUGUGAGAGGGGAAGGGGAUGGCUACAAGAAGGGCCGUGGGGGGAGCUCUCGUCCCUCGGCCUGCGUGGGCGGCGGUCGCGGAGGCCGUGGCGAGGAGGAUGGAGGGCCUGGGCGGCGGCGGGCGCGCGCCGCGCUACUUCAGCGACAAAGCCUCCGGCAGGGUGCUCAGCGAGGAGGAGCGCGCCGCCGAGAACGUCUACAUACAGAAGAUGGAGCGGGAGAAGCUGGAGAAGCUGCGGAGGAAGGCGGACAAGGACAAGCCGAGGCCGCCGCCGCCAAAGGGGACAAGAAGAAGGGUGAGGAGGAGGCGCAUCCAACCUGAUCGCCACGUCAGAUCGAUGCUCAUGUGACGGCGUGGAUGUGGGUACAACGGAUCCGUGCAUGUAGAUAAGAACCUCUCCUCGUCGCACUGUGACGGCGUGGAUGUGAGGAAGCUUCUCGGCCUUGUGGUGUGUGAACUUUCUUUUGUAGCGGUGGUGUGCCUUGUCGCUGCAAAAUGGAGGCUUGCUCGGUUGCUCCUCUUACACGUACAUAGUUUUUUUUUCGAAUAAACAUGUACAGUACAUAGCUAAUCGAUAAUGAAUAAAAAUGCAGCGUGAGAAAGAAGUAAACA